AUGUCUGUUACAGGCCCAUCCUCUGCUGCUGCCACGCCGGCAAGGGGCGGCAGGACCAGUGCGGCGGACCGACCGCACCGAGAGCCACAGCACGGUCUCGGUGCCGGCUCCACCAUCACUAUCUCCAGAGGUGACGACAGCGGCAGUGGUGACAGACUACUAACGGGCGCUAAGCACGACGUGCAAUACUUUGAUGUGCUUCAUCCAAUCCUUCUGAGUCACGUGCGCCGUGCCAACAGUGACGGUGUGCUGGCGCUUCUGUCACUGCCUAGCAUUGCGGAGAGCGACGUUUUCUGGCGCACGUGCACAUAUCGUGAGGGGCUGGUGGCUGCCGUGCUGAUUCACGUCAUGGAGCACACGGGGCAGUUGACUGUCCCGGCAAGCUCACCCACGUUGUCGACGUUCGCAUCUGAAGCUGCUAGCCCUCCUGGCAUACUUGUGGAUUCUAACGAGCGAGCUGACGAUUCUCGAGCUUGCUCACCGGAGCCGACCCCGCAGACGAGGAGGCAGCCGUCGCUGCCAUCACCCUCACCUCACUCCUCUCCAGCGCCAUCAGUGCCGUCUGACGCCAUCAUUGUGGCCGACGAUGGGCUCUCGCCGGUGUCUCACUCGCCUCGCAUUACUCCCCUCACCGUCGAUGACCUUCACGUGCUGCUGCAUCUCUGCUCACGCGAAGGAGCCGAGGCUGAGGCAUCAUGCGGCGGGCGCCAGAGUGUUUCUUCACCGCAGAGGCGCAAGAGCUCAGACAGCGCAGAGAGGCCCUGCGUUCUCGAUCGAUGCCACCCGCCCGCGCUUGCCUCGCUCCUGCGGGUAGGCAGGGCGCUACGGCAGCGGCGCAGCAGCAGCAGCACAUCGACAACAGGCGCAGGCACUUCCAGCCGGCAGCGUCGGCGAGCUGGGGCCCUGCGGGAAGCGGGGUCGGAUAUGGAUCUGGGGCUGUACAUACAAAGCGUUAUGCGCCGAUUGGAGGCCAUGAAAGGUGCGCAGACGCAGUUGGGGGCGCACAGCCUUGACGCCCCUGCGGUGACAACGCGCAAACGACCUCGAUCGAGCGAUUCACCGACAACCUCGUCGGCCAGCGCCAGCCGUGGAGGCAAGACGACUGUCAUUCCGACCUCAUCCGGUCCUGAUUCGUUUUGCGGCAUGCGUGGAGAGGUGAUGGCGGCCGCACCCACGGAUGCGGUGGACCUCGCAGCUCUUGCGGCGGUGCUGCAGGAGCGCUGCCAUGACAUGGUUUACGUGAACCCGCUCAGUGAACGCCUCGCUGCGCCGGCGGCAGUGGAGGAGAGCACAGACAGCACCACCACCACAGCCACGACCAUUAUGGGCAUAUCUAGUAGCAACAGCAAUGGCAGUCUGACGAACACCGCACAUGCAGCUGGCAGCACCACCACGCACGCCACUGCUGGGGUGGCGGCAGAGAGGACAUCGAUGGCUGACGUGGCGGAUGCUGCUCCGGAGGCUGUUUCCGAAGGUGCAGAGGGCGCCGACGCGGAUGCUGCCGAGGACAUCGACGCGCAGGUUGCGUCUGGCGGGCUCGACGCCGUGGCACUGCUGCGCCGCAUUCCUGCCAUCAGCGCAACGCGCUGGGCGUUGCCGAGCGGUGCGCGUCGCGCGAGCAACAGCGGUGCUGGUGAAACUGGCGCUAGAGCACAGCGUUUUUUUUCGGUCACGGAGACCACGGCAAUGGCGCGGCUGGGCGGCGCGUCUGUUGCUGCGCCCUCAUCGUCGCCGUCGAGGCCACUGCCGCGCUCCUCGACUCCCACGACGGCGGCGGUGCUGCCAGCGCGCGACAACGAAGAGGAGGAGCGCGUCUCUGCAGCCAUUCGCGCUUUUGACGCCUUCACCACUGCGCUCGAGCAAUCAGCCGCCACCACAGCCGGUGUGCCCGCGGGCCCGCCGCAGUCCUCCCUGGCGCUGUCUGCGCCGCCGUCGUCGUCCGCCGGGAACCCCAGCAGCCGCCGCGCUGCCGCGCGGCUCGCGACGUCCGGUGCCCUUCAUCCGCGGCCCCCGGUGCUACCGCCGUCUUCGACCUCUAAAGUUCGGCGCCGACACAAGUUCAGCCCUCAAGAAGACGCCGCCAUUCUCCACGGAGUCGCGCGCUUUGGGCAGAUGAGCGGCUCCUUCCAGUACAUCUUGCACGCCUACCGAAGCGUGUGGCGGGCCGGCAGAACAGCGCUGCACCUGUACGACCACUGGCGUGGUGCAUUGCGUCGGCGCGCUGUUGCGGCUGCCAGUGGCGAGGCGACGAGCCACGCAGACAGAAGCGCCUUCAACGAAGCGCUUGAUGGCGUGGAUGAUGCAGAGCGUGUGUCCCCCAUCUACCCUGCAACGCCGGACUGCGGGCAGGACCUGAGCUCGGACAUCGAAGACUUCUCUGAUGAUUCGUGA